AUGCCUACUCAUGGAGGAGGCGCAAGGGUGAAUGCUAUUGAAAAUGAAGGGAUAAGUGUUGUAUCUGAUGUGAGCUGUUUGAAUUUUCCUCUUGUGUCUGUGAAACAACAUCUGAUUAAUAGUGGCAUCUUUCCUGGCUGUGGUAUCAAUUGUAAGAAUUGCAAGAGUCAACCUGAGGGCUGUGCUGAUUUGAAAGGUAUGGUGCAAAAACUGAUGGAUGAGGGUCCUCUUCAAUUUUACCGAAGGUUGAGAGGCGCAAAGAGUGAGAAUGGUGAAGUGUCUGUGAUUUCAAUUCCUUAUGAGCCUGUUGUUCCAAUAUGUAUCCAAGUGCCUAUUCAGAUACCUGUCAAUAUCCCAUAUGAGGAACAACCAGCGACGCUGAUGAUUACGGUGCCAGGACCAGUUCCAUAUGAGAGUGAGAAGGCCAUUCCUUGGCAUUAUGGCUCAGAUGUAUAUUACUAUGGUACGAAGAAAGGGGAUGGGCCAUCUAAAGAGAAAUUUGUUGAGGCCGCAGUUGCAAAUGCUGAUAAUUUCGCCGGUACUGGUAGGAUCACUCGCAGUGGUAGGGUGUUCUCUCCUCAGCCAGUACAAAACAAUGCAGAUGCUUUGGCAAAGGCCAAAGGCAAACAAGUGGUGACUGAUGUCCAGAAUUCUCCGAUUCAGAAUGGGGCACCUGAUAACACUGUAUCUUCCAAGGAUGUGGAGGAAUUGUUGAGAAUCAUCAAGAAGUCUGAUUACAAAGUUGUUGAGCAGUUAGGUCAAACCCAAUCAAAGAUUUCCAUCUUGCAAUUACUGAUGUGUUCGGAAGGUCAUAGAGAUGCUCUCUUGAGAAUUCUGAAUGGUGCCUACGUACCACAGGAAAUAUCUGUGAACCAGUUAGAGGCGGUGGCCAAUAACAUUUCAGCUGGAAAUGGUUUGGGAUUAAUUGAUCGUGAUCUUCCUCCCGAGGGGAGAAACCAUAACAAGGCGUUGCAUAUUUCGAUGGAGUGUAAGGGGACGACCUUGUCUCGUGUCCUAGUUGAUACAGGUUCUUCCUUGAAUGUGCUUCCCAAAUCGGCUCUCAUGAGAAUUGACUAUGCUGGUGUUGAUUUGAGGCCCAGUGAAUUGGUGGUACGCGUUUUUGAUGGUUCAAGGAGGUCUGUGUUCGGAGAAGUAGACUUGCCUAUCCAAGUUGGUCCUCAGAAGUUGAAGUAUCCAGUUGAUGGUAAAGUGGUGACGGUUUAUGGUGAGGAAGAUUACAUCGUGAGUCAUCUGUCCUCUUUCCGAUAUGUGGAGAUCGAAGGUGAAAUACAUGAGACGCCGUUCCAAGCGUUCGAGGCUGUAAAUGCUAACAAUCUUGGUUUUAACCCGGGGAGGCAGAAUUCACCGCUCAAGCCUGAUAUCCUCAGCCCGAUCAAGUUUGUGAGUGGUGGUGUCAUUCAAAAUGGCCAGGUUAAUGCCAUUGUCAAUGGUGAAGAGGUGGAUAGCGACUGUGACUUUGAUAGUUGGAUUCGUCUAAGUAUUCUUGGAAAGAUGCCUCACAACUGGACAAUCGAAGAUAUCAUUCAAGUCACACAAGCUCAGGAGUAA